GCGAGGAGCAUCACCAACCCCUUGCCCUGUACUGUCGCAGAGACUGCCCUCUCAUCUCCUCCUGUGUAGCAGGGAAAUAAACGGCAAGAGACGGACUGUAUUUGAUGUGUUGUACUUUUACGCGCGAGAUGAACGUGUUAGGCUGUGCGCCUGUUGAAAAAAAAAGAACACGAUUCUUCAAGGAAACCUUUUGGUACUUUUUGUGAUCCGCAUCUUUGGGGAAUUCAUCUGGAGAGAACAUGACCAGAGUCUGUGUCUGCCUGACUGACACAUAUUGUCCUCCAUGUAGACCACUAAAAGACGAACACAAUGCCAGGAGAUCAAUGAUUUUGGAGUCUCCAAACUUGUGAAAACUCUGCCCUUGCGCAAAGUCACUGAUACUGACCAAAGCCUUGCAACAAUAUUUAGGCGCCCUCACCAAAAAAUAUACAGCAUAUGCUAUAGAUACAUCAUAAAUAAGUAACCAAAAGCAUGCCUCGUCCGGGGAAGAACUCGUACAGCGACCAGAAGCCGCCUUACUCCUAUAUCUCUCUGACAGCCAUGGCUAUCCAGAACUCCACCGAGAAGAUGCUCCCACUGAGCGACAUCUACAAGUUCAUCAUGGACCGAUUCCCUUACUACCAGGAGAACACACAGCGGUGGCAGAACUCUCUGCGACACAACUUGUCCUUUAACGACUGCUUCAUCAAAAUCCCCCGGCGGCCCGACCAGCCGGGGAAGGGCAGCUUUUGGGCCCUGCACCCAGACUGUGGGGACAUGUUCGAAAACGGCAGCUUUCUACGCAGGAGGAAGCGCUUCAAACUGCUGCGCACUGAGCACAUGGCCUGCAAGAGCUCCCCAAUGAUGCACUACUUCCACCACCAGGGAAAGCUGAGUGGAGGGCAUCAUGAGCACCAAGGCCCCGCCGCGGCAGUGGGAAGGCUCCCCCACUUCCAGAGCUACGGCAGCAUCAACUGCGGACAGUCCAGCGGCUUCAAGCACCCGUUCGCCAUUGAGAACAUCAUAGGUCGAGACUACAAGGGCGUGAUGACGAGCGGGCUGCCCAUCACUUCGGUAAUGCACCACCUGGGCUACCCUGUGCCCGCGCAGCUCAGCAGUGUGGUCAACUCAAUGUGGCCGCACGUCGGCAUGCUGUCAGAUUCCAUGAGCGCCAUGCCCAUACCAGUCUCCUCAGAGUACGCUCCCUUUGGCGUGUCAAUGAAGGGUCUCUACCAUCACGCGAGCGGACAGACGCUACCAACCAUGCCCGUGCCCAUCAAACCGACCCCGUCUAUGGGUCCGAUGCCCGGUCUGUCGGGCCUUCCGUCCGGCCCAUCGCAUUUCUGCUCCUCUUCAUCCUUGCUGGAGAAGAAUGGUUCCGACCCUUUGGAGGGCAAGGGCAAUCCGAUAUACCCGGCUCUCCUGCUGCCUUAACCGGGUAAAACGUCAAAAACUCGAUUAUGUAUCGAUGAGGGAACGAACAACAUAAGGGACAAGAGCAGUAUCUAAAAUGUUAAUCAUUUAGCCUAUAGUUGCCUAAAUGUUGAGCAGGUAUGGUGAGCUGUGAAGGAAUUCAGACUGUAGGCCUAUCAUUCUAGUGAUGAGUUGGCUACCACGCAUUUCAGCAUAAUUUCUUCCUAAACCAUUAGCACAUUUAGUGAAGGCAUUUACCACAUUAAAUGUGGCACUAAAAUACAAUCAGGAAUUGACCCAAAAGAGAGUUUUGAUUUAAUAAUCAUAAUUCAUUCAAUCAAAAUACAGAGGAAGAUCAAAACUUGCUGCCUCAGUUUUUAAAAGUUUGAGUGGAUAAUAUACAUUGUUUUAACGUUUUUGUUCAUUAGAUUUAAUUGAAUAAUUAAAUGUGUAGUCUAAUAAUAACACUAUGUAUAUGGACU